AUGGGAUUUCACAAUAAAUGGUGCUCUUGGGUCAUGGGAAUUCUGAAAUCGGAGAACUCUUCUGUGUUGGUGAACGGGUCUCCUACGUUCACGUUUAGAUGUGAAAAGGGUAUGAGACAGGGUGACCUGUUGUCUCCUUUUCUUUUCUUGGUGGUGAUGGAGGCUCUUUCAUGUAUGAUCGACAACGCCAAGUCGGCAGGGGCCAUUAGAGGUAUUUCAACGCCCAAUAACGGGCCGAAUAUUGCUCAUCUUUUUUACGCGGAUGACGCUAUUGUGAUGGGAAAUUGGUCUAGAGCUGAAUUACUUAACAUAGUAAGAAUCCUUCGGUGUUUCUUCCUUUGUUCAUGUCUUAAAAUUAAUAUUGAUAAGUCUAACCUCUAUGGUAUUGGAGUGGGAUUAGGGGAAAUCGGGGAUUUGGCGAAUGUAAUUGGAUGUAAACCGGAUUGUCCUCCUUUUAAAUAUCUUGGGCUUAUAGUAGGUGCUAAUAUGAAUAGAGUUGCAAAUUGGCUUCCAGUUAUUGACACUUUCCGUGCUCGUCUUUCUAACUGGAAGUCUCGUUUGCUCUCGAUCGGGGGUAGUGUGGUUCUUAUAAAAUCUGUUAUGGAAAGUCUCCCGACUUAUUAUUUUUUCCUUUAUAAGGCUCCUAAGAAAGUCAUUCUGAUCUUGAAACCAUGA